GGGGACUAGAACUCUGAUCUCCCUCUUUCCAGUCCAACACCCUAACCACUAUACAAGACUGCCCCACCCCAACUUACCCAGUUAUCACCUGUAGUGGUCCUGUGUAUGUGCUAGUAAAGCAAGGGUUGGAACUGGGGGGCCAGGUCGCCCACCCACCUUGCAAUGAUCAUCAGAUGAUGAGGGCUUUAGGGCAGGAGAAACGAAUUCUAGUUGUGAUGGAGCUUCAGUUUAGUUCAGUUAGGUUAGAAAUGCAAAACCACCCAUGUUCAGAGGCUGGCUUGAUUUUUUGCAGGCAAGGCUGGCAGAUGUGCUCAAUGUCAGAGACAGAGCAGCUGUUCUAGAGGCUGGAGGGGCGGGCGGGCGGGCAGGAGGAGACCCUUGGGUCGUGCAUGGCUGUCAAAUGGGCCCCUGCUGCUGGAACAGCCCUCGCCAUCUGCCCCGUGGUGCUGCCCCCUGCUGGCACCACCGCUCCGUGGCGUUCCGCCAUGUGGAAUUGGCUAGCUCCUGGUGCCUCUGGGGGAUAAACUUGCCCCAGCCAGGUGGUGGUCCUGAAAGGGUUAAGGAGGCUGCAUGCACAGGGAAGCCAAAGGGGCUGUGCAGAAGCUAGGAAGCGGGUCACAUCCUGCCCAGAGGGAAUGGGGCCAUGGGAGCUACAAAUGGCCAGAGCCCUUUGUGUGGGGACGGGAAUGCACUGCUCCGGGGAGUUCCGGCUCGCGUGAAUCCAGCGUUCUGGACACUUAGGGCAAAAUGACCCGGAUCCUGGGGCUCUUAAUAGCUCUGCUCGGCAGAUGUCUAGCUUGCUGCUUUGAUUCGCCCUCCUUCGGCCACACGGGGAUCGUCUCCAGAGUCACCAAGAAAGCUGCUCUCAUCCUGAAUACAGAAACUGCUGGAGUGAUUCAAGCGGCGUUUCGAAAUGCAGACUAUCCAGACAUUAAAGGGGAGAAGUCCAUGCAUUUGCUUGGCAAGGUAGCCUACGGACUGACCAACAUCCAUGUGAAUGAUCUGAGCAUACAAAACACGGAGGUGGAUCUCAGGGAGGACCAAGCCAUCGACCUUGCGAUCCAGAACGUCUCGGCUUCCUUCAAUGGAACCCUCAGCUACGGAUAUGUGGCCACCUGGCUGGCAGAACUCAUCCAUUACAUUGACUUUGAAAUCGAGUCUUCCAUCGAUCUCCAAAUAAGCUUCAAGUUGAUUUGCAGAAAGGAGCGCCUGGCGGUGGACCUCCUGGACUGUUCGCUGACUUUCCAUAAACUGAACCUGCAUCUCCAGCGAGACAAAGAGCCCGGAUGGCUAAAACAGGUUUUUACAAACUUCAUCUCGUUCACCUUGAAGCUGAUUCUCCAAAGUAGGGUGUGUAAGGAAAUUAACUCCAUUUCUCAACUGCUGACAGAGUCUGUCCAGGACCAGGCAGCACAAUUUCUUGAAGAUGGGGAUAUAGCAGUGGAUCUUUCUCCAUCACUAUACCCAGUAAUAAAAGCAAAUUACUUAGAAUCCUACCAUAAGGGCCUCCUCUUAUACAAGAACUAUUCAGAUGUUCUGCAAGGCUCUCCAUUCACCCCUGCUUUACUGCCCGAAUCCCAAAUGCUCUACUUCUGGUUUGCAGAGCAUGUCAUUCAGUCCCUGGCCAUAGUGUCCUUUCUGGAUCAGCGGCUGGCUUUAAACAUCACGGGAGAAAAAUUGAAGGAAAUAUUUGAAAGUGAAGAGCUGAAAACUCACCAGGACACGGUGCAAAAGAUUUUUCAGGGCACCUCCUACGGCGACUGCGUGGCCAAGGUGUGGAGUUUAGUUAUUCCCCAGAUCACCUUUGAGCCCGAGGGGACGGUGGUGAAAUCGUCCGUGGCGGUGGAGCUCACAGCUUCUUCGCUAGAAGAAGAGCCCUCCAUGGUGCUGUAUUUUGAGACGGAUGCUGCUGUCACUGUUCAGGCUUCCUACGUGGAGAAAAAGCUGCUCCUGAAUCUUUCGCAUGCCACGGCCCAGCUCAGAACCACGAAGGGGCCCCCCACUCUGGCUGUGGAUAAUGAGACGUUGAGGCACAUUUUGGAGAAGAUCAUUUUGGCUUCUGGGAUUCCCGAAGUGGUUUCAAGAAUUGAGUCAGCCCUGAAUUCACUGCUGGAUAGAAGAGAGUUCUACCUGUAUGAUAUCAGUAAUGUUGCUAUAAUAACGCAAAGGGUAAGUACAACAUUAUUUAUUUGGGCUUCUAGUAGAAUGUUCAGAGUGGCCUUAAAAGGUUGUGUUUGGCAGAGAGAGCCCUUGGGACAUUGAGGCAACCAGGCUGAAGUCAGGACAAGGCACAGCAAAUGCAAGCCAUGAUGCCGGUCCGCUUUGUCGCCGUCCCACAUCGCAUCGGCCAGCCACGUAAGGGUGUGCGAGGAGUCUGGUUUGGGCGUGGAAUCCUCGGAAUUUCCUCAGCUUGGCCCCCUGGACUCUGUCCUGCCUUCUCUUCCCCUAAGUCUACCUCAGGCUGAAUGUCUGCAUGGGAAUCUGGCAGAAAGGAAGUCCAAGUGGCAAUCUGUCCCCAUGCCACUUGCAGGCUUAGCUCACUUUGCACAAGGGCACAAUUUGCGUCCUGUUCACGAAGAGUUGUGCACUUUGUGGAUUUUCCACAAAACAUUAUGUACUUGGUAUCCUUUGUGCGAAGGAUCGGCCAGCAUCCCCAGCAUUCACGGAAUUGCUCUCAGCUCGGCUCGCCUCCUGGGCAGGGCAAGCGCAAGAGCCUGAUCUCCGUAUCCCUACAACCACAUCAGAAAUGCCCCCUUUUUGCUCGCUUUGUCUCUCUUGGUUUCUGCUUUUGCCCAGCGUGGCCCUUGGUGUUUUGCUGAUACUGACCAAAGUGAUAGCACGAUCUUAAUUUCAACAGUAGUAAGGGGAAGCGUCUACCUGUUCACCUGAAAGCACAAAACUAGCUUCGCAGGUGCACAGAAAACUACGCAGGACUUGCAAUUCUGUUCCUGAACGGCUUUCUGCUCUCCCCAUUGCCCCUUCCACAUUAGGUUGCCCCUCCAGCCUGCCGAAGGUCAGGACUGGCCUCUGAGGUCACCAUAUCACUUUCGACCUGUUGUUGUUGUUGUUGUUGUUUCGGUUUAUUACAUUCCCUGUUUUAGCCUUUCCUCCAAGGAGUUUAAGGUAGUGUACGACCCAGUGUGGUGGUGUGGUGAAGAGCACGGGACUGGGCCUCAGGCGGCUGGGGUGCUAGUCGCCUCUCAGCCAUGCAGUCCACUGGUGACUUUGGGCCAGUCACUGACACUCAGUCCAACCUACCUCACAGGGUUGUUGUUAGGAUAGGAUGGAGGUCAAGAAAAAGAGAAUGAUGUAAGUCAUCUUGAGUUCUUUCCAAGAUGAGAAAAAGGCAAGGUAGAAAUCAAAUAAAUAUGAUCUCCCCCUUCCUCCAGUUUGUCCUCCCAACACCCCUGUGAGGAAGGCCAGCGGCUUGGGCUCAGCCCCCUUUGAAGUCAAGCUGUCAAGUCAUACUUUUAUUCAAUUACCCGUGUAAUGCAAGCUGCAAAUAAGCAUGUUGCUUAAGGCUACAGACAGAAUCUUUUGCAGCCAACAGAGACAAAGGUUCUGGCAGGCUUUGCAUAACACGCCACCUGGCAAGCUCGGCUACUUCCCUGGGUUGCAGCACCAUGAAAGAGACUGUUGUGAAGCGGGUGCCCGCUCCCGCAGCUCCGCCUGCUCAAGGGGUCGGGCCCCAGUUCCCAUGGGGUCACCUCCCUGGUCACUGGUCCCUUUGACCUUGCAUUGCCCCUCUCUUCCAACGGAUGUCUCCCUCAGUUCUCCACCCCUUUCCCUCUUCAUCAGGAGGCGCUGCUCCCCUGGGUUUGGGGAGCCCAGAUGGCCAGUUUCCUCCCCCUGCUGUCUCCCCAGUUUCCUGCUUCCAUGCCAUCAGUGCCUCAACAGCACCUCCCCACCCCUCCCUUCACGUCUGUCUCUCUCACUGGCACACACAUGUGGAGGUUUUAGGCCUGAUCCCUCCAGGCAGGCUGGGAAUCAAAGCCUGGUCCAAAGGCAGCCAGUGAGCUGAGAGGGGCCUCGAAUUUCAGCUCCCUAAAUUCCGAACGCUGCACCAAGACAAACGCAGCUUUGCCUCUCAUCCGUGGCCCUUUCCCUGUGCCAAGACAAGCACCCCGUCCACCUUAUUCUGUCCCUUCUUCCUCCACAGGGGUACCUCAUUGUCCAGCUGGACUUUGCCUUCCCACGGCACUUGCUCUUCAAGUUUCUCAAGGGAAUUAUCUAGAAGGUUCCUCAAGGAUCAGAGCAAGGCUGGUGCGAAAGACCCAGCCGACUGACCCCACUUGGCCUCCACUCAUUCGGACAACUUUUGGGAAUCCCGUUUCUUUGUCUGAGAGGAAACAGAUUCUCCAAGGCCAGGCUGUGGUGCUUUUGUGGCAAAUGCUUCCACGGCGGUUGUGUUUUACCCCCCGUGCCGGAGGCAGCAAGCUUCUUAAUACCGGCUGCUUGGGGAGUUGGCCUAAAGCCAUCCUAACCCAGCCUAUUUUGGAAAUGGUGACUCUGAUAAACCUGCUGGCUUCUCUGUAUAAAACCCAUUACGGGAUCCAUUUGCACGUCAUACCGGAUGGUCGUUGCGGCACGAAAAGCAUCUUUCCUCCGCUACCAACCCCUCCUUCUGCGACCCAUCAGUCCUGGGCACACUUACGGCAGGGACGCUGAGGUUCUCUCAGCUCCAGGCCGAUCUCAGCGUCAUAAAUCCACUCCGGGCUGCCCUGCGAUGCUGGUGGCGCCAAAGGGGCAGGGGGAUACCCCCCCCCCAGCAUUCUUUACCUUACGGCUGUUGCUGCCGUUCACAGAGCCUCAGGGGAGGCAUUCAUGCAGGGCUGAGCUUCAGGUUCUGGUACUUGCAACAAAGCCCUGAACAACUUGAGACCAGAAUAGCUGAGAGAGUCCCUUCUUUACCAGUCUGAGAUCUUCAACCUCUGGCCCAUCCUGGAGUCAUCAAGAUAAGCAUUUUUGGGUUUUUUUUUAAUUAUCAAAGGUGCAUUACUCCAAAAGAUAUUGGAAAAGUAGACGAGAGUUAUAAUGGAAAAUGUUGGAAAUGUAACAGGGUGGAUGGAACCUUCGUUCAUAUGCGAUGGACCUGCGAAAUAACGCCAAAAAUUUGGAAAUUGAUAUGUGCAGAAAUGCAGAAAAUCUGUAAGAUUAGGUUUCCUAGGAGUCCCAAGAACAUGCUUUUGAAUAUCGUGCCAGAGACAAUUUUAAAAAACAUGUCAGAGUUAUUUAAGCCUAUGACCACGGCAGCAAGAAUCACAAUAGCUUCUAAAUGGGAAUCACUGGAUUCCCCAACCGCUGAAGAACGGAGAAAUAGAUUAGCAGAACAGGCUGUUCUGGCAAAGCUAACUAAUUAUGUAAAUAGAAGAAUUUAAUGAUAAAUGGAGAUUUUAUUGUGCUUAGCAUGAUUAAUGGAAGUUCAGAGGAGUUUGGCA